AUGUCCUCAAAGGGCUGGUCUGGCCUUUUAAUCCACCAUUGCACAUUCACAGAUGUCUUGCUCGGUGGAAUAUCUCUAUACCUUAUCUACGGAAUCAUUCUCGGUCUUUAUCGCUUAACACUUCACCCGCUGGCCCAGUUCCCAGGCCCCAAGCUUGCUGCGGCGACAUUUUGGUAUGAGUUCUAUUAUGACCUUUUCCCACACAAACUGCGUUAUCUGUGGAAGGUUGAGGAACUGCAUAAGAAAUAUGGACCAAUCGUUCGCAUUAACCCAAUUCAUUUACAUAUCAACGACCCCAACUACCUCGAUGAGAUAUAUGCCGCAGGCAAUCGUAAGCGCAAUCGAGAUCCCUGGUACUACCGCUCUGAGCCAAAUGGCCCCCUGGGAUGGUCGGUUUUCCAGACCGUCGAUCACGAUGUCCACCGGAUGCGAAGGGCCGCCCUCAAUCGUUUCUUCAGCAAGCGUGCCGUCCAAGAGCAUGAGCAGAUGAUAAUCGACAAGAUUGGAACUCUUUGUGGUCGCUUUGCAGAGGCUUGUUGCACAGGUGAUCUUGUUUCUCUAACCUUUGCUUGCGGUGCGCUGACAAUGGACGUCAUCUCGGCCUACGCUUUCGGCGUGGAGACGGACAACUUGACGCGCCAGGAUUUCGGCGCGGAAUAUCUCGAGGCGUACAGCAAACUGAGUCAAUUUGGCCCUGUCGGUCGCCAGUUCCCAUGGCUCGCCAAAGCAUGUCUUACGCUGAUCCCGUCCAGCCUCAUGCAUUGGAUCAGCCCUGCUGCCGCCCUCAUCCCAAGGAAUCGACUUUUCUUCCGCGGUAUGAUUGAGGAAUCUGUCCGUGAACAGGAAGAGGGGAAGAGCAACAAACCUGAAGAUUCAUUUAAGGCAGAAAAGGAGUCUGGAAAGAAACCAUCGAUCUUCCAGGAUAUUGUGUGGAGCAACCUUCCAUCCAGCGAGAAAGCACCCGCCCGUCUAGCGGCAGAGGCCAAUCUCUUGCUUAUUGCAGGCACUGAGACUACUGCCAGGGCUCUGUCGCUCGUUCUCUUUCAUACCUUGGACAACCCUCAGACCUUAUUGCAACUUAGGGAUGAACUGGCGCCCCUCAUGCACCGUCCUGAGUCACGGGUGUCUGUGGCUGCUCUCGAAGCCCUCAGGCUUUUUCCGGCAGUAAUUACGGAGGGAAUCAGGCUAUCUCAUGUGGUUUCAAGCCGAAUGCCUCGAUAUGCACCGGAAGAGACACUACGCUACGGAAAAUGGAUUAUACCCGCGGGGGCGCGUGUGAUGCAGUCCCAUUAUCUGCAUCAUAUGAAUCCCGACAUCUUCCCGGACCCUAACCUGUUCAACCCGCAUCGCUGGCUGGACAAUCCUCAGUUGAAAACAGAUUAUUUCAUGGGUUUUGGCAGAGGAUCUCGGAUAUGCCUUGGUAUCAACCUUGUAUUUGCCGAACUUUAUCUCGCUAUAGCCCACCUCAUUACUCGUUUUGACAUGCGUUUGCAUGACACAAUCAGGGAGCGGGACGUCGAUGUAAAGCGUGAUUGUAUAAUUGGGCUCCCGAGCCCUGAAGGGCAGGGAAUCCGCGUGAGGAUUACAGAAGUUAAAACAGGAUAA